GCCGGACAGUUUUGAUCUCAGCUUCCAGGUUAUUAACAGUCAAUUUCUUAUCAAUUGUUACAUGGAAAAUAUCUUUGAUAGUCUCGCCACAAACAAAGCAGGUGAAGCGAAUCUUACUAGUAUCAUCACGGGUGGUAGAAGAUAUCUUGUUUUCCUUAUUUUGCGUUAUUUUUACAGGAAUGAUUUUGCGGAAAGUUGGCUGAACUUCCACAUAUUCCUACAUGCUUUAUAUCUUGAUGGAGAUCUACCGGAAAGACAUAGUUAGC